AAGUUCAAGUUCGUCUCUGAAGCAGGAAAGGCCCAGACCUGGACUGCAGGCUACCAGACCUUCCGGCAGGUGACAGCCGACAAGAUGGGGGCUAGUGCCCUGUUGUGGGCCCCCCUGCUGCUGCUCUGCAUGCUGCCUUGCCAACUCCCCGGGGCGGCAGCCCAGGACCAGGUCUGCUCAGUGGACAAGACCUUGAUCAGUGUCAAGGAGAACACAGAGAUCACUGGACCCCUGGUGAACAUCUCCAUCCCAGAUGGCCAGGACGUUAUCCUGGGGCCCUUGUCCACCCCCUCCACCUUCCAGAUCCUGGGGAACCAGCUGUUCCUCAAGGUGAUCCCUGAUUACGAGGAGAAUACCAUGCUGGAGGCUCACCUGGAGUGCAGGAGGGACCACACAAUGGUAACACAGCUGGUAGUGCUGGUGUCCGUGCUGGAUGUCAACGACAAUGCCCCAGAGUUCCCCUUUGAGACCCAGGAGUGGGAUGUGGCAGAGGAUACCAAAGUGAACUCGACAGUUAUCCCUGAGGCUAAACUGACGGCUACCGACAAGGACAAAGAGGACAACUUGUUCUACACCCUCCAGGAAGUGACCCCGAACGCCAGCAGCUUUUUCUCUCUGGAGGGGAUGAACCGCCCAGCCCUGCGGCUGGACCGGUCCCUGGACUACUACCAGUCGCAGAACAUGACCUUCCAGCUGCUGGUCCGGGACACUCGGGAGGAGGACAUGGAGCCCAGCCACACAGCCACGGCCACCCUGGUCUUGCAUGUGCUGCCGGCUGAUCUGAGGCCCCCCUGGUUCCUACCCUGCUCCUACUCAGAUGGCUAUGUCUGCAUCCAGGCCCAGUACAAUGGGGCUGUCCCCACAGGGCACACCCUGCCAUCUCCCCUCAUCCUGCAUCCUGGACCCAUCUAUGCUGUGGAUGGGGACUGGGCCAUCAAUGCACCCAUCAUCUACAGCAUUGUAGGGGGGAACAUGGACAACACUUUUGCCAUUGACCCAGACUCUGGUAACCUUACCAUGGCCAAGAUCGUCCCCAGUCCCAUGACCUUCAUCUUGCUAAUCAGGGGGGACCAGGCUGACAGGGUCCGAUACUCAGUGACCCAGGUCACUGUGGAGGCCCGCUCUGCCACUGGCAGCCUGCCCCACUUUCCCCAGAACCUGUAUCGUGGCAUUGUGGCACCUGGCUCUCGGGCUGGUGUGGCUGUCAGGGAUGCAGCCUCACCAUCCCAGCCUCUGAGGAUCCAGGCUCAGCACCCUGACUUCCCGGACCUCAACUCAGCCAUCAUAUACCAAAUCACCAACUGCUCUGAGUUCCGGAUGGAGGGGGAGGCCGUGCUGACUGCCACAGUGCUGGAGCAUGAGGGAAUCUUCUAUGCAAAGGUGGAGGCUACAAACACCGUGACCGGGGGUACAACGACUGCCGUUGCUGAGAUUUGGGUUUCAGAGCAGGUACCCCCCACCACAGGCACAACACUGAGGCCUGUCAUCCCCGCCACACCUGGGGGGCUCCCUGGUUUAGGAGCCAGCACCACCACUCGGCCAUCCAUUCCAGGUGGGGUCUCAGCUCAGACCCCGAAGCCAGGGACCUCUCGGCUGACGACCACCAGGGUGGCAACCGGCUCGUCCACCCGGCCAGCCACUGGUGGGGUCUCAACUCAGACCCCAAAGCCAGGGACCUCUCGGCUGACGACCACCAGGGUGGCAACCGGCUCGUCCACCCGGCCAGCCACUGGUGGGGUCUCAACUCAGACCCCAAAGCCAGGGACCUCUCGGCUGACGACCACCAGGGUGGCAACCGGCUCAUCCACCCGGCCAGCCACUGGUGGGGUCUCAACUCAGACCCCAAAGCCAGGGACCUCUUGGCUGACGACCACCAGGGUGGCAACCGGCUCCUCCACCCGGCCAGCCACUGGUGGGGUCUCAACUCAGACCCUGAAGCCAGGGACCUCUCCGUUAAGGCCGCCUGGGUCCAGCAGGACCUCCCCAGUCUCAGGGACACCAGAAGACACCAUUGAGGAAGACAAGCACUUCUCCACAGUGGACAUGGCGAUCUUGGGAGGGGUGCUGGGUGCGCUGCUGCUGCUCGCCCUCAUUGGCCUGGUUGUGCUCCUCACUAAGCACUAUGGGUACCGGUGGCACUGCUGUUCCAGCAAAGCUACGGAACCCCAGUCCCAUGGCUUUGAUAACCAGGCCUUCCUGGAUGACCAUGAGGCCACCAAGGCAUCUGCCCCAAGCCCCAAGCCAGGCCCCACACCUGUGGAGACAUCGUCUACACCCCUGGAUCCUGAGCCCCUGAGCUCCGAGUCACCCAACUCUGAGCUCCAAGCCCCAGAGCCCAGUGGCCCUGAGCCCCCUGUGGCCAUCAGAGCUGCUGGGGACAGCCCCUCGGCUGUGAGGUCCAUCUUGACCAAAGAGCGGCGGCCUGAAGGUGGCUACAAGGCUGUGUGGUUUGGGGAGGACAUUGGCGCAGAGGCCGAUGUCGUGGUCCUCAACACACCCGAGGCUGUUGAGGACAGGGAUGGCAACUCUGAGGGCAGUGGCGAAGAGGACAUGGACCAGGAUAAGAGUCCCCUUGAUGAGCUGGAUGACUCUACCUACAUCUAACACUGCCUGCCCUGACAAGCUGUGCGACUCUACCUACAUCUAGCACUGCCUGCCCUGGUGUCCCCUCCCCCAGAAUAAAGUGGCCAUUUGGACCCCAGA